UAGGAAAUCAUUCUGACAUCGUCAGCCUUUCAAGCAACACGCACUCAAACAAACCACAUAUUUCAAACUACCAAAAAUGUGCCAACAAGUCGUUGUCGUCGCUACCGCCAACAACAACAAGAUGAAGACCAGCUACAGCAUCAAGCAGGUCCUCAAGACGCUCUUCAAGAAGCAACAGAAGCGGCAGCAGCAGCAGCAGCAACAGAAGCCUCAGGGCUCUCUGGAAUCAUUAGAAUCCGUCGACAAUCUGCGCAAUGCCCAGGUUGAGGAGGCCUACUAUGCCGAGAUCGAUGAGAAUGCCGCCAACGAGAAGCUGGCCCAAUUGGCCCACUCUCAGGAGUUCGAAAUCGUUGAGCAGCAGGAGGAUGAUGACGAGGACGAGGACGUCUAUGUCCCAGUCCGCUUCGCUCGCACCACCGCCGGCACCUUCUUCUGGACCACCAACCUUCAGCCAGUCGCCAGCGUUGAGCCUGCCAUGUGCUACUCCAUGCAGUUCCAGGAUCGUUGGGCCCAGGCUUGAACACCCCUGAACGCCUCACCCUUCAAUCUCCAAGCUUUAACAACCCUACAAACAUUGUGAUAGCAGCAGCGGCUUUAACUCACCAACAAUCUCGGCGAUCCAGCGCUUCCAUUAGUUAUUAAGAUAUUGUGAUAGAAAAAGAGAGCUUUAAAACAAACGUACAAAAUACAAAACAAGAAUAACAAAAUCAAA